UAGCUGAUUCAUAAUCGGAUUCGUUUCAGUUAACCGAUUUUUGACAAAGCAGCGCGUUGUUCAAAUCAGUGAGCGGACCCGUUUCCGUUCACAGAUCCGUUUCAGUUUAUUAUCAACUUGUUUUUAUAAUAAGAAGCCGAAACCUUUCCAUUAUUUGAACGGAUUCGUUUCCGUUUCCAUAGCACGUUUUUAGUAAACAAACUGUUUGCUUAUUAGAAUAUUAACCGAUUUUAAUUGUGUUAUUGAAAAACAAAACAACAAAAUGUCGUCGAACAAGAAAAGUGAUCUAUUGAAGGAUUUAAAAAAGAAUUAUAUAUUCAAAAGCAAAGAGAUUUCAAGAGGGAAAUAAGAAAAAACCAAAAGGAAAGAAAAAGUUUUCCCAAAGUUAAACGACAACUUAGUUCAUCAAUUCCCCCAGAUCUCAACAGAAAUGAAUCAGCCAAAAGAAAAAGAAUGAAAAGAACCUCUAAAGACUGUUCCACUGAAAACGAAAAUUCCCUGACAAUUGAUAGAGAAGAUAUUGAAGCAGCCAACAACUUAGAUUCACCUAUUCCGAGUCAGCUAGAACAAUAUCUGAAUCAAAUUCAAAGUGACUUCAAUAUUGAUGCUGACGGGAGUGUACCUCUAGGAGAAGAAGUGAAGAAACAUGAGAGACGUAUGGGCCAAAUUGCUGUUGAUUGGGAUGUGCACUGGGAUGAAGUUGUCAAUGGCCUUAUUGCAAGCUACGCAACUAUUCCAUCACUGUGCUGGAUUUGUAAAAAGUCCCUUGCAGCUUGUUACACUCGCUGUCUCUGUUGUGUCAAGACAUAUUGACAUAUUGACACAAAUUUCAAGAGGGAAAAUUGUCUUAAUGAACUUGGAACUUAAUCGCAUUCAAGAGAAAGUUGCCAGAGCGGUCUCACUCUUCAAGAUAUACAUUCACGGGAGCUUCAACUGUAACUCCGAUUGUGAUACUGACCGUGACUCAGACCGUGAUUGUGAUCAAGACUCCGACAGUGAAUCUCAUCAAGACUUCAACAGUGACUCUCACCAAGACUCCGACUCAGAUUCUGAUCGUGAUGUCUCUGAACCUGACCCCAUCACUGUAUUGACUCUGUAGACGUUUUCAUGUGUUUGUGAUGUGGGACUAUAUCAUUAAUAAACUUUUGUCCGGUAACCAG